UUUGAAUUUUUUUUUUCUUUUGAGAAAACUUUAUUACGUAAACGGUCGACCAUCCCAUCAAACCUCCUUCUCAGCUCUUCACACAAAAAUUAUCUUACACUCUCUACAUUUUGCUUCCUUAUUCUCCAUAAUCAUAUCACUUUCUUUCUCAGUUUCAAAACUCAUCCAAUCUUCCAACGAGCAAUGGGUAAUUGCAUCUCAAUUUCUCUUCCGUUUGAUGCCAUAUUUUCCAAUUGCUAUCAAUCCACUGUUGCACAAGCCACUUACGUGCAUAAUCUUAAAGAAAAUCUUAAGGCUCUAAAGAAAGCUUCAGAGGAGUUAACAGAUGUGAAGAUUGGCUUAGUGAGAAGAGUCAGGAUUGCUGAGGAGGAGGACCAGUUGACGUGCCUGGAAACAGUCCAGAGGUGGAUUUCAAGGGCUGAAGCAUUGGACAAUGAAGUUCAAGAACUGCUGCAAACAGAAUCUGAAGAAAGAAACAGACUAUGCCUUUGGGGUUGCUGCUCAAAGAACUAUAAGUCCAGCUAUAAAUAUGGGAAAAGGGUGUUGAGGAAGCUCGCUGAAGUGACUGAUCUGAAAGGCGAAGGGGUAUUUGAGGUGGUGGCUGAAAGGGGACCAAUAGCUCUUGUGGUUGAAGUGCCAGAUGAGCCGACAGUGGGAAUGGAACCAAUUUUUGAUCUUGUGUGGACAAAACUCAACGAAGAAGAUGUGAGAAUUAUGGGGUUGUAUGGAAUGGGAGGAGUGGGCAAAACCACCCUUUUGAGAAAGAUCAACAACAAUUUCCUCAAUUCUCAAAAUGAGUAUCAUGUUAUAUGGGUAGUGGUAUCUAAAGAUCAUACUAUUGAGAAGAUACAAAAUAGUAUUAGAGAAGAAAUUAGGCUUUCUUGCGGGGAAGAUACAUGGAAGAAAAAAACAUGUCAACAAAAAUCUAAAGACAUUUUCAAUGUCUUGAAGAAGAAGAAAUUUAUUUUGUUGUUGGAUGACAUAUGGGAGAGAAUUGAUCUUGUUGAAGUUGGGAUUCCUUCGCCUAACAGACAAAAUGGUUCCAAGCUCGUAUUCACAACUCGUUCUAUGGAAGUUUGUAGUAGCAUGUCAGUUGAUAAACAAGUUGAAGUGAAGUGCUUGUCAUGGGAAGAAUCAUGGAAGUUAUUUCAGGAAAAAGUUGGCAAAGAGGCCCUCAGUGUCCACCCAGAUAUUCUUCAUUUAGCCAAACAAGUUGCGAAAGAGUGUGGUGGUUUACCUCUGGCACUAACAACUAUAGGUCGAGCCAUGGCUUGCAAGAGAACACCUCAAGAGUGGAAUUAUGCAAUUCAGAUCUUAAAGAACUCAGCCUCGAGUUUUUCUGGCAUGGGAGAUAAGGUAUUUCCUCUUUUAAAGUUCAGUUACGACAAUUUAUCUAGUGAGAAAGUUAGAUCUUGUUUUCUGUAUUGUGCAUUGUUUCCAGAAGAUUGGGGAAUCGUUAGAGAUGAUUUGAUAUAUAAAUGGAUGUGUGAGGGGCUUCUAGAUGAAUGUUCUGAUUUUGAGAGUUUGCAAGGCCAAGGAUAUACCAUCAUUGGCUCUCUUCUUUAUGCGUGCUUAUUAGAAGAGGUCAAUGAAACACGUGUAAAGAUGCAUGAUGUGAUCCGGGACAUGGCUUUAUGGAUAGCUUGUGGGUGUGAAAAGGCAGAUCACACUUUUUUGGUGAAAACAAAUGUUGAGUUGAAAGAACCAAUGAUUGAAAGAUGGACUGAGGUUGAAAGGAUCUCUUUGAUGAAAAACCGCAUUGAGAGUCUCUCAGGAAGUCCGUCAUGUCCUAACCUCUCAACUUUAUUUCUUCAGGAAAACAAAUUGCGUCAAGUUAGGGGCAGUUUUUUUAAGUUUAUACCUAAAUUAACAGUUUUGGAUUUGUCAGAAAAUGAAUCAUUGACUCGUUUGCCAAAGGAGAUAUCAAAAUUAGUCUCAUUGCAAUACCUCAAUCUAGCAUCUACAAGCAUAAAAGAGUUGCCAGGAGAGUUGAAGAACUUGAAAAUGAUGAAAUACUUGAACUUAGAUUCUUUAGAUGAUCUUAAUGUAAUUCCAGAAGGAGUGAUAUCAAGUUUUUCAUGGCUACAAGUGUUACACAUGUUUUGGUGUGGAACAAGUUCUGAAGAGAUGGUGGAGGAUAGAGUUGAAUGUGGGGGUAAUGAAUUACUAGUACAAGAAUUAGAGAGUUUGAAACACAUAAUGACAUUGGGUGUCUCCAUAAAAUAUGUCACUGCCCUUGAUAGAUUGUUGACCUCCCAAAUGCUACUGAACUCCACUCAAAGUCUAUUACUCCAUUUUGAAAGCACCUUGCAGUUUCUUAAUCUAUCCACUCUUUCGAGGAUGGAACGGUUAGAGAAACUUGUUCUCAGAAAAUGUUCAAGGUUAGAAGAGUUAAAUUGGGAAUGGAAAAGAAGAGAGGAAUGUUCUUCCCAUGUACCAAGUCCUCCUCAAUGCUCAACUAACGACUUGUUCCUAAGCCUUUGUGAAGUCCGUGUUUAUUACUGUCAUAAUUUGAAGGAAUUGACUGGGCUAGCUUUUGCUCCAAAUCUGCAGCGUCUUACUGUCUGCAUCUGCUCUGCAGUGGAAGAAAUAAUAAGAUUGGAGAAACUAGGAGAUGCUCCAGAGGAGGUGAAAUGUUUACAACCUUUUCUUAAACUUGAAUCUCUAACAUUGGUAUACUUACGGAAAUUAAAGAAUAUCUACCCAAAACCUCUGCCCUUUCCUUGUCUAAAGGAAUUCUAUGUACGUAAUUGUGAAGAGCUGAAGAAGCUUCCAGUGGGUUCUACUGUGACUAAAAUGCGACCCGAUUUGAAGAUUAUAGGAUAUGAAUCUUGGUGGAAUGAGUUAGAAUGGGAGGAUGAGACCACUCGAGAUGCCUUUCUCCCCUGUUUUGAUGCAAAUGUAAUGAUGCAAAUGUAAUAGGUUGGUGAACUACAGAUGAGAUAUUGCCAACUUACAUUUUGAGUAAUAAUCUUCCUUCCAUAUAUAUAUAAUAUAUUAUUUUUUAUUAUUAAGACUGCAUUUUCUGAUUUAAUCUGUGAUUUUGCUGCUCAAGAUUUCAAUCUAUUCAGCCAAUUGAACGUUUUGUCGUUUAAGGCAUCUCCACAUAAUAAAGGUUCCUUGAAUUGCCUACGUUGUCAAAGCUGGGUUGUAUGUGCUGGCUCAACCUUAUUCUCUUUGUCAUUUUGGUUAUUUGAAUUUGAAUCUCAGCUAUUCCUGUUAUCCAUGUUCUUCAUUGUCUCCAUUAAUUUUAAUUUACAAUUGUAUGUGAAACAAUAACCAGCUUCAUUCUUCUUCCUUAUUUCUUGUUUUUCUAUUUGUGAGGACUCAUGCACUUGUAUCAUUAUCAUGAUCAUGUUAGCUCCUUUUCAGUUCAACAAGUCUUGAUAUCCCUUCACUUACAAGGUUUCUUGUUUGAUUUUACAAAUUGCAUCUAACAGAUUUUGUAGUUGGUUUUAUUUAUUAAUAUAUAUUUUUAUUUUCUAUCUUUUGAAAUGGAAUUGUCCCAAUGCAAACAAUAAAGCAGUUAGGAGUGCUACAAAAAAUACAAAAUAAUAAAGCAGUUAUUAUAUGUUGCCAUUGUCAUUUGAUCAAAAUUCGGUAGUAAUAUAUUAUGUAUCUCUCUAAAUGAAUUCAACUACUCCCCAUUGUUCCACUUUUUGUUUUGUUUUUUUGUUUAAAUCUGCAUAUUAAAUUAAUGUUUCUAUUUUAUUGAUAAAUUAUUCUUACGGGAAUGGAGCCCCGCACGUUCCCACCUCUAAUUCCUUGCCUAAAAGGGGAAUGGUGGUCAUUUUCUAACCCGAAUAUUAAAUGGGACGGAGACAGAAAAAAACAUAAGAACCAAAAUAAUAUUUUAUCAUCUUAAUUUAAUGAUUGUAUAUGAAACAAUAGCCCAACUUCAUUCUUCUACCUUACUACUGGCUUUCUUAUUUGUCAGUUUUGAUGCACUUAUAUCAUGUUAAGCUUCUUUUCAGUUCAACAAGCCUUGAUGAUAACACUUAACCGACAAGGUUACUUA